AAAGCGAAAGUGCCAGCGAUGUCGAGGAGUUGUUGACGGUGUUUGACGAGCUUAAUCUUAUAUACAGUAUCAGAUCAGAUCAGUUAUAUUGUGCGUUCAGAAUCUUCUCCAGACUGAAGUUUAUAUGCAGAAAACCAAAAAUCUUUAGUAGUGUUUACUGUUAAAGUCAUUUAAACCGAACUGGGCGUUAAGAUGUGGAUGCUGUGCGCAUCUCUGGUGGUCCUGCACUUUGUGGCCUCUGCUGACGGGAGCUCAAAAGCUGUGACCACAACGCUGACCACCAAAUGGCCCUCCACACCUCUCCUGCUGGAAGCCAGUGAAUUCCUCGCUGAGGAGAGCCAAGAUAAAUUCUGGGACUUUGUGGAGGCUAACCAGGACAUCACAAACGAGCAUGAUGACACUGACUUGUCCUACUAUGAGCUGAUCCUGAAGAGAGCAGGCCAGCUCCUGAGUCCUCUGCAGCUAAGGAUGCUCAAAUUUGCCCUGUCGCUGCGCUCCUACUCGUCCACCGUCCACUCUUUCCAGCAGAUUGCAUCCAAUGAGCCUCCUCCGCCUUGGUGCCAGGCUUUCUUCAGCGUUCAUGGGGAAAAAUCAUGUGACCCAGAGAGUCUGAAGACCCUGAUUGACACAGCGUCAGAACGGCCAAAACCGUUCCUGUUCAAAGGCGAUCACAAGUUUCCUUCAGCCAAUACAGGGGCUCCUGUUGUUAUUCUGUAUGCUGAGAUGGGCACCAAAGAGUUUGCCAGCUUCCAUCAGCUUAUGCUCUCCAAAGCAAACAAAGGGCUGGUUAACUACGUCCUGCGACAUUACCUUCCACAUCCUAGUAACAGUAAAGUGUUCCUGUCCGGCUAUGGGGUUGAGCUGGCCAUCAAAAACCAGGAGUACAAGGCCAAAGAUGACACACAAGUUCAAGGUGCUGAUGUCAACGCUACCGUGAUUGGUGAGAACGACCCAGUGGAUGAAGUCCAGGGUUUCCUGUUUGGGAAGCUCAAAACUAUCUACCCUGAGCUGAAGGAACAGCUGAAGGAGCUGCGGAAGCAUCUAGUCGAAAGCACCAAUGAGAUGGCCCCGCUCAAAGUCUGGCAGAUGCAGGAUCUGAGCUUCCAGACAGCAGCCCGUAUCCUGGCAGCCCCCUCUGUAGAUGCCCUCAACGUUAUGAGGGAUUUGAGUCAGAACUUUCCCACCAAAGCCAGGUCCAUAACCAAAACGGUGGUGAACUCGGAGAUCCGUAAGGAGAUCGAAGAGAACCAGAAGUAUUUUAAGGGGUCAUUGGGCCUGCAGCCGGGAGACUCGGCUCUCUUCAUUAACGGACUCCACAUUGACCUGGAUGUGCAGGACAUCUUCAGUGUGUUUGACGUGCUGAGGAACGAGGCGCGUGUUAUGGAGGGCUUGCGCAGCCUGCUUAUCGACUCGCCCUUCAUUCACGACAUCCUCAAACUCAACGUGCAGCCGGCCGACUCGGACUACGCCGUAGACAUCCGCAGCCCCUCCAUCUACUGGAUAAACAAUCUGGAGACCGAUGGCAGGUACGUCUCCUGGCCCUCCAAUGUGCAGGAACUGUUGCGGCCCACCUUCCCAGGGGUCAUCAGACAGAUCCGCAAGAACUUCCACAACCUGGUACUCGUCUUGGACCCCACUCAUGAGAACACAGCAGAGCUGCUGAGCGUGGCAGAAAUGUUCUACAGCAACAACAUCCCUCUCAGGAUUGGGCUGGUGUUUGUGGUGAAUGAUGCGGAUGACAUUGACGGCAUGCAGGACGCUGGAGUGGCGAUGCUGCGAGCUUUCAACUACAUCGCCGACGAGGUGGACAACCAGAUGGCCUUCGACGCCAUCCUAUCAAUGCUGAACCGAGUGCCCAGUGGAGGAAAGCUGAAGGUGGAGCAUGUAGUGGGGGUUUUGGAGAAGCGCUAUCCCUACGUGGAGGUCAGCAGUAUCCUGGGAGCGGACUCGGCCUACGACAGCAACCGCAAGGAAGGGAAGGCGUACUACGAGCAGACUGGAGUGGGGCCGCUGCCUGUGGUGAUGUAUAACGGCAUGCCUCUGCAGCGCGAGCAGCUUGACCCCGAUGAACUAGAGACCACUGUCAUGCACAAGAUCCUGGAGACCACCAGCUUCUUCCAGCGCGCUGUUUACUUGGGAGAGCUGGCAACCGACCACGACGUGUUGGACUUCAUCAUGAAUCAGCCCAAUGUGGUGCCACGGAUCAACUCCAGGAUCCUGACCACAACCAGGACCUACCUGGACCUGUCCAGCACCAACAACCAUUUCAUUGAUGAAUACUCCCGCUUUCUCUUCCUGGACACCAAAGAGAAGAACACAGCUGUGGCUAACAGCAUGAACUACAUGACGAAGAAAGAUGAUGGCGUGAUUCGUCCUGUGACGUUCUGGGUUGUAGGAGACUUUGACCACCCCUCGGGCCGACAACUGCUGUAUGAUGCCAUCAGACACAUGAAAACCAGUAAUAAUGUGCGCUUGGGGAUGAUCAGUAACCCGACUGAGAGCCCCUCCAGUGCAACCACCCUGAUUGCCCGGGCCAUCUGGGCAGCCAUGCAGACGCAAACGGCCAACAACGCCAAGAACUUCAUCACCAAGUUGGCCAAGGAGGAGACGGCCCAGGCGCUUUACGAUGGGACCAACAUCGCUGAGUUCGCUGUUGGGGGCAUGGAUGUACCUUUGUUUAAGAGUGCGUACGAGUCGCCUAAAGUGGACUUCCUUUUGGCUCACGCUGCUUAUUGCCGGGACGUCCUCAAGCUGCGCAAAGGCCAGAGGGCUGUCAUCAGUAAUGGACGGAUCAUUGGUCCACUGGAGGAUGGGGAGGUCUUUAACCAGGACGAUUUCCUGCUUCUCGAGAGCAUUAUUCUGAAGACCUCUGGAGAAAGAAUCAAAAACAAAGUGCAGCAGCUUGGUGUGGAGGAGGACAGAGCCAGUGAUUUGGUCAUGAAGGUGGACGCGCUGCUGUCCUCGCAGCCCAAAGGCGAGGCGCGGAUUGAGUACGGCUUCGUGGCGGACAGAUACAGCGCCGUGAAGAUCCGGCCCAAGGAGGAGGAGGUGUAUUUUGACGUGGUGGCCGUGGUGGACCCCGUGACCAGAGAUGCACAGAAACUGGCCCCUCUACUCUUGGUCUUGAAGCAGCUGGUCAACGUCAACCUGCGAGUCUUCAUGAACUGCCAGUCCAAGCUCUCUGACAUGCCACUGAAAAGCUUCUACCGGUACGUGCUGGAGCCAGAAGUGUCCUUCAUGACCGAUAACAGUUUUGCUCCAGGCCCGAUGGCCAAGUUCCUGGACAUGCCGCAGUCUCCUCUCUUCACCUUGAACCUGAACACCCCUGAGAGCUGGAUGGUAGAGUCUGUUCACACACGUUACGACCUGGACAACAUCUACCUAGAGGAGGUGGACAGUGUUGUGCCUGCUGAGUACGAGUUGGAGUAUCUCCUGCUGGAGGGUCACUGCUUUGACGUGAGCACGGGUCAGCCGCCUCGCGGCCUGCAGUUCACUCUGGGCACCGCUUCUGAACCCGUUAUAGUGGACACCAUCGUCAUGGCCAACCUGGGCUACUUCCAGCUGAAGGCCAACCCAGGAGCUUGGAUUCUCCGCCUGAGGAAAGGACGAUCGGAUGACAUCUACAAGAUCUACAGUCACGACGGUACGGACUCUCCAGCAGACGCGGAGGACUUGAUAGUCGUGCUGAAUAACUUCAAGAGCAAGAUUAUUAAAGUGAAGGUGCAGAAAAAGCCAGACAUGAUGAAUGAGGAGCUGCUCAGUGAUGGCACUGAUGAGAACGACUCGGGAUUCUGGCAUUCUCUAACCAGGGGAUUCACUGGAGGUUCCAAAGUGGAGGAGACCAAGCAGGAGAAAGAUGACGUCAUCAACAUUUUCUCAGUGGCCUCUGGUCACCUGUACGAGAGGUUCCUGAGGAUAAUGAUGCUGUCUGUACUGAAACAUACCAAAACGCCGGUCAAGUUCUGGUUUCUGAAGAACUUCCUGUCUCCAACCUUUAAGGAAUGGAUCCCGUACAUGGCUAAGGAAUAUGGUUUCCAGUAUGAGUUGGUUCAGUACAAGUGGCCUCGCUGGCUGCAUCAGCAGACGGAGAAGCAGAGGAUUAUCUGGGGCUACAAAAUCCUCUUCUUGGACGUGCUCUUCCCGCUGGCCGUCGACAAGAUCAUCUUUGUGGACGCUGAUCAGAUAGUGCGCACGGACCUGAAGGAGCUGAGGGACUUUGACCUGGAGGGGGCGCCAUACGGCUACACUCCGUUCUGCGAGAGCCGGAGAGAGAUGGACGGAUACCGCUUCUGGAAGUCGGGCUACUGGGCGAGUCACCUGGCCGGCCGCAAAUACCACAUCAGUGCUCUGUACGUGGUGGAUCUGAAGAAGUUCAGGAAGAUCGCUGCAGGAGACAGACUGAGGGGACAGUACCAGGGUCUGAGCCAGGACCCCAACAGCUUGUCCAACCUGGAUCAGGAUCUCCCAAACAACAUGAUCCAUCAGGUGCCCAUCAAGUCCCUGCCGCAGGAGUGGCUGUGGUGCGAGACCUGGUGUGAUGACACCUCUAAAAAGAGUGCCAAGACUAUUGACCUGUGCAAUAACCCCCAAACGAAAGAACCCAAGCUGCAGGCUGCUGUGCGGAUCGUGGCGGAAUGGACCGACUAUGACCAGGAGGUCAAGAGGAUCUACAAUAAGUUCCUGGAGGAGAGAGAGAAGGGAAGCAACAAGACAAACAAAGGGAAAACACAGAAAGAUGGCGAGAAGCACACAGAGCUGUAGGCGGACGCCCUUCAGCAGAGGAACGGCUGACUCUGUUUAAAGAGUCGUCUUUUUUUUUUUUUCUUUUUUAAACCAAGCCUAUUCUCCUGGAGCGGGGUCCACGUUGGCGCUGUGAAACUUGAAUGGAAAUAAUGCAACCUCUAUUGCUUGUAUUUGACUGGUUGGGUGGUUGGGGCGUAGGGCAGGACGACGAGGGUUCUGGGGCAGAGAGGGGUAUGUUUCCGUCCCAUUGUAAACUGAAGCACUUGGCUGAAUGCCCCCUGCAGGACUGCUGUGGAAUUAUGCGAGAUAGUACAUUUGCAAGUGCUGCAGGUUAGAAGGUGCUGGUCUGGUAAAUGUACAGUAGACACGUUAAUCAUGCUAAUCAUGGCAUAGUCACUGCUGGGCUGUUCAUGUCUGAAACUGGAUAUGCCUUUCCUCUUUCCGAGUCCCUCCAAACCGUGUCCAAGUGUGCGUAUGCGUGUGUGAGAGGAGAGAAAAGGCCAGUGAAAAUGAGCGGAUGUGUUUGUGUGAAUGUGCAUCCUCUGCUCAUCCAAUACAGCAGUGCUGCUUAUCCUCAAUGAUUGCAUUCUAAAGGCAGAGCUAUGAUUAUUGCUUUAAUGCUGUUUUGUUACAGGAAUGGUUUGGCGAAAAAAUCAGAUGCACACAAUUUUCCACUUACCGCAAAUGCAGUUGAUCAGGUAGGAAAUGUUUGGUGCCCAAAUUUUUUUUUUUUUUUUGGUUUAGAGAUGGAGAUGCAAGGCUGACAAACACUAGAAGUCAACAGUCACUCAAAUCUUUCAUCCCGAAAACGUCUCUAAAAUGCAUUCAAACUCCAUCCAGGUCUUCAUUAAAGUAGUGCAAACUGGUCAGUGUGGUUUAUGAAGCAGUGAUUUAUAGCGACCCUCAAAAAGGAUCUAAACCGUGUAGCCGAACUCAACCAGUUUAGACAAUGGUGUUGUGCUGAAUUCCAUACAGGUAUAUAUGGGCUCUAGAUUACAUUUUAGAUUAAGCUCUAGAUUGUACGUUUUCUUUUGUUUCUGUUUUUAAACAUACAGCUGUGUGCAAAAGUUUUGGCACCCUCCGGUCAAAUAAUGUUUUGUUGAUUUUCUUAAUUAAAAAAUGAACACAUCCUCUACAGAGAGCACACUUCUGCACAUUUUAAUGCACAGUUUAUGCACAAAAUAUAAAAUGUGGCCUGUGAAAAAGUUAUGGCACAUUUUAUAUUAUACGUUUUGUUUUUUUUUCCUCAGUAUGUUAAACUCAACGGAAAUUCAGCAUUAAACGUUGCAUAUUUUGCGUAUUUUUUCCUUAAAAAUGUCAUUUGACCAAGGGUUAGCAGAGAUGAAGAGCUUGUUGGAUUUCUAAAAUCUUGGCUGCAUACAGUGGUCAGCUUCAUAGUUCAUUUUUUUUUAUAGUUCACAGUAUGUCAUACUGUGUCCGAAACCACAUCGAGAAGCUCGUGCAACCUUAAUAAAGGCCUGUAUGAAGCUUGAGAGAAAUUUCAGGAAUGUAUUUACAAAAAAAUGUUUGGGUGACUAUUGACUUCUAGUGUUUGUUAGCAGUAUUAGCCUUGCAGCUCCAAUUUAAAACUAAAAAAGUUUGGCUGUUCGACUUCUGAAGUGAGCAUAACAUUGUGUACAUUUGAUUUUUUGCCAAACCCUUUCUUUAAAAGUGAGACUGUCGCAUGCUGUCGUUGAGAACGUCGCAACGAAAUCACAUUGAAUCUUGGUCCUGCUUGAGUGGUGAUCGCCUGUGUGUUUUUUGUUUCUUAUCUCCAACAUGAGCGUGUAAUUUAUUGGAUUUCUGUGCUCAUAGAAAAGCUGUUGGGCUGCUUUCAUAGGCUGAUUUGUUCAUGGAGUUUUCUGUACCCAAAGAUGAACUUUCUCUACUUUUGGUCCCUUAUUUUACCAAAAAGAGUCUCUGCCAUUAGGAACCUCGUAUUGAAUUUAAAUGAAAGUGAAUAAAAGAUGUACCGCAGUUUAUUUCCUCACGCUAUUUUUGGUUGUAUUGGUUGUCUUAUCGAGCUUAGUGCGGCAUUGUUGUGGCCCUACGUUUGAGAAUAGUUUCAGUUGUGACCGCGUGGCUCUGACCACUAGAACACUUGAGCGCUAAACAAGCCGCUGGUUCCCAACAGGAAGCACAAACGUGGCGGAACCGAACUUUUCCAGCGGUUGCGUUUCGUGCCUUUCGCUCGGCCACGUCUCCGAGGCACGCCUGAGGCCGCCUCGUCUUCUCUGCAUCUACUGUACUGUUUUACGCCCAAUCAGGGAAGGGCGAGGACAGAUUCAGUCACUUUGGUAAUUUUGUUUUGGGGUUAAUGUGAUUAAUUGUGGGGUAAUGGCUAUUUUUUAAUAAAAAUAAAGUACCA